GCGCUCGCUCAGAGGGGGAGAAAGAGCCGCCGAGGAGGGCAGAAACACAAGAGAGGGGCAAGUCUUUCUACGACAGCAUCGCGGCUUGGGAACAAACCAACUGUGUCGGGUCGGCUGGCAUGGAGCUGAGCGUUUCCAUUCUGAGCCGUUUCGAGCCGUCCGCCUAGAGCCGGGGCAAUUCGCGCAAGGCCGGGGGCAGUUUUGCUGUUGGUCCCGGGGGUUUGUGGAGCCCGAGUGAAUCUGUUGCUAGCAGCGCUCGAAUGCUAGUUAGCCCCGCUGCUAAGCAGCUAGCCAACACUGCGAGUCAAUUGUGUCGGAGAUCUCGGAAAUACGUUUAAAAGCGGUCACGUUCACCCGCCGCUCUCGCGAUUCGUUUUGCUCGUUGAGUUUCGUCUUUUUCCCCAGCGGGAGGACGCUAAUAAGCGGUCGCGCGAGUUUCUAUUUCGAUUUAUUUCCAGCUAAGACUUUUUUCUUCUCUCUAUUAGCUUGUUAGCCGCACUGGUUGGUUUAGUCCAGCUUGUUAGUAGUGUCUGAGAUUUCUACUGUAAUAGCUGUCAGCGACAACAGCCCCUUGACGAAAAGCCAGUCUAUGUGGACAUGAAUGAUCGUGUUUGGUUGUUUCGAGUGGCGAUAGUUUGAGAUGCCGCGCGUGGGAUACUUCAUGUUUCCAGGGACGCUUUUAUUUUCUUGUUAGUCUGCUUUAUGGGAGUGCUAGUGUGCAGCCUUUUGCUGUAGACAACACUGGUUUUUUAGCAGGAACCGCACGCGGUGUUUCACCAUCGGUCGCGCGUCGUUUUGAUGUGGUUCAGCCUCACAUUUCAGUCGCACUCUCGUUGUUUGUUUUCUUUCUUCAUCUAGUGGCUCGUUCGGUUCCGCGUUUGUAUUCGCGCUGUCGGUGGUACAUGCUCACUGAGACAGCCCGCUGAAACACGCUUUCAUUGGUUUGCGGUGGGGAAACGGAGAGAUUCGGCUCAAAAGUAUUAUGGAUGAUCAGACCCGAAUGCUGGCUAGCAUGGGCGGGCUCGGCGGACUCUCGCAAGCCGACGUGGGUGACCCCGAUUCGGUUCGGAAGCAGCAGUCGCUCGGUCAACCGCAGCAAGACAUAGGAGAUAUCCUCCAGCAGAUCAUGGCCAUCACCGACGAGAGCCUCGACGAAGCCCAGGCGAGAUGCUGGCCAGAGGAGGCACCGGCGCAGUGGACCCCACAGAGGGAGGGGGAGCUGGGGGGGAGCACAGCAGGGUGUGCCCUGCCGCUCAACUUCCAGCACAGAAAACACGCACUGAACUGCCACAGGUUGAAGCCGGCUCUCUUCAGUGUUUUAUGCGAGAUCAAAGAAAAAACUGUGCUGAGCAUCAGAGGCGUGCAGGAGGAGGAUCCUCCAGAUCCACAGAUCAUGCGUCUGGACAACAUGCUGCUGGCUGAGGGCGUCUCUGGGCCAGAGAAAGGUGGAGGAUCUGCGGCGGCGGCAGCGGCUGCAGCGGCAGCUGGAGGAUCACCUAAUGAUGGCAGUAUCGAACACUCCGACUACAGAGCCAAACUCGCACAGAUCCGCCAGAUCUACCACUCCGAGCUGGAGAAAUACGAACAGGCCUGCAGUGAGUUCACCAAUCAUGUGAUGAACCUGCUGAGGGAACAGUCCCGCACACGGCCCAUCUCACCCAAAGAGAUCGAGCGCAUGGUGGCCAUCAUCCACCGCAAGUUCAGCUCCAUCCAGAUGCAGCUCAAGCAGAGCACCUGCGAGGCCGUCAUGAUCCUGCGCUCCCGCUUCCUCGACGCCAGACGUAAGAGACGCAACUUCAAUAAGCAGGCCACAGAGGUGCUGAACGAGUACUUCUACUCUCACCUCUCCAACCCGUAUCCCAGUGAGGAAGCCAAGGAAGAGCUGGCCAAGAAGUGUGGGAUCACUGUCUCUCAGGUCUCGAAUUGGUUUGGCAACAAGAGAAUUCGGUACAAGAAGAACAUUGGUAAGUUCCAGGAGGAAGCAAACCUGUACGCCGUUAAAACAGCCGUGGACGCCGCCAAUGUGUCGGCACAGGCCAGCCAGGCAAACUCUCCAGCAACACCCAACUCAGGUGGAUAUCCUGCACCGUGCUACACACCUGACGGCAGGCUAUGAAGAUCUAUCAGCAAGUCCUCUUUACACCCCACACCGUCUAGACGCUAACAACAGCUGGCAAGACAACACCAACCCUUCCUCCAUCACCUCUCCACCAGGAGCACCCGGCAGCAUCCACUCCGACACCUCCAGCUAAUCACACACACACACACACACACACACAAUGGUCUUCCUCCGUCCUCGUCCACCUCCACACACACACACACACACACACACACACACACACACGUGUCUCGUUCUCUGAGGACGAGUCUGAAAGCAUGACUCGUCUCCUGGAUCAAACCCCUCUACGAUGGCGAUUACGCAACUACUCCCUCCUCGCUUGUACCAAAGUGCUGUCAACGGUUGUUUCACUUUUCCGCACGUCGAAGAGCAACCUCAGACAACUGAACGCCCAUCCAGUCUGCUUUUCACUAUGAUUUCCGCUACGUUGCGUUAAGCACAAAUCCUGUCACUAAACACUCUGAGCUGGUGUUCGGUUGGAGAGGAGUUAAAGGUACGCUGGACCUAUGAACACUUUGAUUUCCAGUUCAGCUGAACGCAAAGAGCGACCGCUCUCCGUUUUUAAUUUUCGCCACAGUAUUCGUUUCUCUCGCCCGCAGCACGAAGAUGCACCAGCCACCAAAUAAAAAGACUCGAUAAGAACUAGACCUCGCGUUGGUAAAACGGGGUCACUCGGAUGGACGGAUAAGCUGGAGUAUUGGUUUGGGGUAUUGGUUCGGGGAACAGGGGGUGGGUGUUUAGAAAUAUUUUUAAAGGGAAAGAUGAUGAUAAAAAAAAGCGAUAUUCCACUGUCUUCCAUGCAUGUAGGGUGUGUUGAGAUGUUUUAGUGAUUCCAUUUAGCCUAAUGUUACGUUUUUCUUUUCGUUUUUUUCCUUUCGUUUUUUAAUAAACAAAAAACAACAAAAAAAAACUACUAAAUAUACUAUAAAAGGAGAGGGUGGGAAAGUAACAGACCAAAUAAACAAGUGAACAAGUAAAAGGACGUCAUACUGCCCAGUGAUCCAGUGCUUCGGGCUGGGGUUUGGUUUCUCUAGGGUUUCCGUGGUAUUUUAAAUAGCACGUUUUUUUUCAUCUGUGACACACACACUGCAGCCUCUCGUCUUACUGGUGUGUGUUGUGUGUUUUCUAAGGGUUGGGUUGUCUCGUCACUCACUCGUGCUUUUGAACUGAUUGUAUUGUACGUGCAAUUGAAAGCACCUGUUUCUUGGUAAAGCAUGCUGUCUCUCUUUAAUUUGACCUUUUUUAUUUUUACGUUUUCGUUUUGUUGUUGUUGCCUACAAUUUCACUAAACGAAGGAACUCUGUUUUUUUGGUAAUCAGUUAACAUAGCCAAGCAACAAGGGCUUUUCUCCUGUCGAAAUUUAACCAAAAAUAAGCACUGGAUGUGUUGUGAUUUGAAACAGAUGGACUAAAGCUUGUAGAGGAAUUUUUGAGUUUUCCCGACGUUACAGAGAACGAGUUGUUUGUGUUGUUCCUGGGACUUUUUUUUUAUUACGUUUCUUCGUUUAUUUUCUCUUCAUUGGCGGAAGCAGCAGGGCGUUUUUGAUAUAUGAAUGGAAAUUCUAUAUAUUACACAAAGGACUAAAUAAGGUUGAAAUGUAAAUUGGGGUUUUGUUUAUAUAUGUACACAUGGAAAAACAAACUCUGAGGAGCUUUUCAAGCGAUUCUUCAAGAUCAUCAUCGUGUCCUCUAUAGAUUAGUUCGAAACAUUUCAUAUGGAUAUCUCCGACUAAUGCUAUUACUACACCAAAAUUUCUUUCUUUUCUUUUUUCUAUCAGUCAUCUAUGGAUGUCACUGUACAGAUUGUGGAAUGUUUCAGUGUAUUUUUCUCUUUUUGUAUGCUUUUGCUUUUGUUUUUUUAUUAUUUUUAAUCGCUGGGGGUUUUUGGAGUAACAUUUGUUAGUCUUUGUAAUAUUCAUUUUAGCGUUUCAGUUACCUUUUAUUUGGAUCGGGAGUCUCGAGUGUUAUUUUGUUCGUGUGGUUUUGUCAAAGCUGAUGGCGUUUGUUUGAAGUGCCGUUAAACAAAUUUUACAGGAUCAAAUGUCUGAUUUGAGUAUCCGCAUAAGCUACGCUGCAGACGAUACGAUACACUACAUGUUGGACAAUUUGUCACACAACUCUUGGAUAUUGUGGAUUGUGAUCAGAGAUGGAAUCCGCAGCACCGACUCAAACGCCAUCAGCGUUUUAUUUCUCGAUUUUUAUUAUUAUUAUUAUUAUUUUACUAGAAUUGUAGUACACGCUUCCUUCUGUAUUUACCAUUCUCUCCCUCCUCUCUACCUCUCCUCUCUCCAUUUCACUUGUAUAUAAACCCCACCAUUUUCAGACUUGGUAGUCUGUAUAAACUCCUUUUAUACCUCAACUUUAGAACUGUUCUAGUGAGAGAGAAAAAAAAGAAAUAUGAGAAAAUUGUAGUGUUCCUUAUUAGAAAAACAAAAACUAAUAAAAUAAUCUAGUGUGCUUUUGA